AUGGCGUCCGCCACAACUUCUACAGCAACUACUGGUACAGCAAAUCGUGGAUUUUUUGAACCAUCACAAUAUGAACGUUGUAUUAAUCGAUAUGAAUUUGGUCAUGACUUAGUUGGACAUUUGUCAACUAUGUUUGAAGAACGAGCAAGUUUAGAACAUACUUAUGUAAAUGCUUUACGUGCUUGGUCAAGAAAAUGGCAUGGUGAAUUAACAAAAUUAACUGAGUACCCAUCGAAUAAAAAAGUUUGGGAUCAAAUUGUUUCAACAGGUGAACAAAUGGCUGAUAUACAUCAAACAAUUGCAUCGAAUUUACAUGAUAAUAUUCAGCCAAAAUUAAAACAGUGGAAAAAAGAUAAUUAUGAAAAGUCAAUAAUAAAUUAUAAAAAAUCGAAAGAAUUCGAAAAAGAAUUUGAGAAUGUCCAAAAACCUUGGAAUAAAUUACUUGAAUCAAUAUAUGAAGCAAAACAAAAUUAUUAUAAAUUAGUUAAAUUAUCCAAGCAAUGUGAACAACAAAAAUUUUCAAUGCCAGUUGAAACACCGGCUGAAACACAAAAACAAAUUAUUGAUCAUUAUGUACAAGUAAAUCUUGAUGUUGAUGCAGCACGAACAAAAUAUCAACAUUUAGUACGUGAUGUUGCGCCUGGCGCUGAACCAAGACAACGUUAUGAAGCGAAUAUGAUUGAGAUAUUUCAACAUACACAAGCAUUUGAAAAGAAACGAUUAGAUUUUUUCAAAGAUAUAUUUACAGAUUAUAUUAAAACUUUACAACAACAAGCUCUUUUCAAUAAAAUGCUUGAUGAUUAUUUACGUGUUUUACAAACACAUAAUACUCCAGCUGAUCUUGAUGCUUGGUAUAAUAGUUUUGGACCAGGUACACAAUCACAUUAUCCUGUCUUUGAAGAAUGUCAAGAUACUAUUCAAUAG